AAGAAGAAGAAGAAAAGGAUACUUGGGUUCAUUCUGUGCUUUAAUGUUUGUUAAUUGUUAUACAUGAACUCAUCAGUUAUUCACUCAUAUUUAAAUACGCGAUGGUAAAAGAUCAUUUGACACCUGAAAAGCACAGAGCGAUGAGCAGUAAUCGAUCGACUCUGGGAGCAGGCAUCACCAAUCGAACACCAAAAACAUCGAUGGGCCGCUGCUUCAGCCGAACCGGAGAAACGGAGCCGAGCUGCCGGUUAACGGAGGAGCUGAACCCGGUGAUUUACUGAGAGGAUGGUCGGUUUAACGUCAACGGAGUGACGUCACAGCAGGUGUCAUGAAGCUGCAGCUCCCCCUAGUGGUCACAGCUCAGGUGGAUCUGGUCCUGCUGCUGGUCUCCCUGCUCGCCCUCUGGACCAGACUGAGCCACCUCAGCUACCCCAAUGCUGUGGUGUUUGAUGAGGUGUAUUAUGGUCAGUUUGUGUCUCUCUACAUGAAGAGGGUGUUCUUCAUCGAUGACAGUGGACCGCCACUGGGUCACUUGAUCCUGGCAUUUGGAGCAUACCUGGGAGGAUUUGAUGGGAACUUUGUCUGGAAUCGAAUUGGAGCAGAGUAUCCCAGCAGUGUGAGUGUGUGGAGCCUGCGCCUCCUGCCGGCUCUGUGUGGCGCUCUGUGUGUCCCUCUAGUAUACCUGUUGACUCUGGAGCUGAGGUUCUCUCACCUGUCAGCUCUGGGAGCUGCUCUGCUGCUGCUGCUCGAGAACUCUCUGAUCGUCCAAUCACGUUUCAUGUUACUGGAGUCUGUUCUCAUCUUCUUUGUGCUGCUGGCGUUUUUCUCCUACCUGAGAUUCCACAACACUCCCAGCAGCUGUUUCAGGUACGGCUGGCUGCUUCUGUCCGGAGCGUCCUGUGCUGCAGCCAUUGGGGUGAAGUACAUGGGCAUGUUCUCCUAUCUGUUGCUGCUGGGCGUGGCCUCUCUGCACACCUGGAACUUGAUUGGGGACCGAGGUGUCAGUCAUCUGAGUGUAUGUGUGCAGUGUGUGUGUAGAGUUGUUUGUCUUUUGGUGGUUCCUGUCCUUCUCUAUGUGUUCUGGUUCUAUGUUCACCUGAGCUUGCUGCACCGCAGUGGACCACAUGACCAAAUGAUGAGCUCUGCCUUCCAGGCCAGUCUGGAGGGUGGUCUCUCGAGGAUCACUAAGGGUCAGCCUCUGGAGGUCGCUUAUGGCAGUCAGGUGACUUUAAGAAGCUCCGCCUCCCAGCCUGUCCCUUGCUGGCUCCACUCACACAAAGCUAACUAUCCAAUCAGGUAUGAGAAUGGGCGGGGCAGCUCUCACCAGCAGCAGGUCACAUGUUACCCCUUUAAAGACGUCAACAACUGGUGGAUCAUCAAAGACCCUGGCAGACAGGAGCUGGUGGUUAGCAGCCCUCCUCGACCUGUCCGUCAUGGUGAUGUCAUCCAGCUGGUUCAUGGAAUGACGUCACGCUUCCUCAACAGUCAUGAUGUCGCAGCUCCCAUGAGUCCUCACGCUCAGGAAGUGUCAGGUUACAUCGACUUCAACGUUUCCAUGCCGACUCAGAACCUGUGGAGAGUGGACAUCUCUAACAGGGAGGCAGAAUCAGAGUCAUGGAAGACCAUUCUGUCUGAUGUUCGAUUGGUCCACGUCAACACCUCAGCAGUCCUUAGGAUGACUGGUGUGUCUCUUCCAGAUUGGGGUUUCCGUCAGUUGGAGGUUGUUGCAGACAAACUGUUUAAUGCUCAGAGCAGCAGUUUGGAGUGGACGGUCGAAGAGCACCGAUAUGGAACAAGUCAGGAGCAGAAGGAGAGGGAGGCCGAGCUUCAUUCUCCGACUCACAUCGACGUGAACAGAAAAAUCUCCUUCUGGGCCAAAUUUUUAGAAGUUCAGUGGAAGAUGUUGAUGGUGAAACAGGAAGAUUCUGAGCACAAAUACAGCUCGUCCCCCCUCGAGUGGAUCACCAUGGAAACCAACAUUGCAUACUGGCUGCACUCCUCCACCAAUGCUCAAAUCCAUCUGAUUGGUAACCCGGUGUCGUGGGGUGUGGCCAACUUCAGCCUGCUGGCCUAUCAGCUGCUGGCAGCGGUCUACUUGCUGAGGAGGAGGCGGGGCUUCAAAGACCUCCCUGAUGGUGUGUGGAGUCAGUUUGUGUGUCUGGGAUGUGUGUGUGUUGGCGGCUGGGUGGUGAACUUUAUCCCGUUCUUCCUGAUGGAGAAAACUCUCUUCCUCUAUCACUACCUGCCCGCCCUCUGUUACCUGCACCUGCUGAGCCCCGCCCUGUUGGAGCACACACAUACUCACCUGCUCAGCUGUGCAACACACCGUCGUGUGCUGUGUGUGUGUGCGUCAGCAGGGAUGCUGGUGGUCAUCCUGUCGUAUCGAACCUUCUGCCCUUUGACCUACGGCAGCCCCGAGCUGUCGGCCAAUCAGCUGCAAGGACUGAAGUGGAGAGGCUCCUGGGACAUCCUCUACCGCCGCCGGUAGACAGACAGACAGACAGGCAGAGAGAGGGGUUCUGCCUGGUCCAGGAUCUGAUGAUCCUGUCUUUCUGUUUCUGCUCCGAUAAAUCUUAAGAAAAGGCACCUGAACACACCACUGGGUGUUUGUCUGUGAAGUCAGAGGUGAGGUCAUGUUGGAGGAGGAGCUUCAGAUCUCUCAAACAGUCUUUAUGGAGGAGUGAAGCUGCUCAGAAAAAUGAACAGUAAUAUUUGGUGUGUGACAUCACACAUGUCACUUCCUGUUCACGCCUCUCAAACAGGAAACAGUGAAAUUUAUGUAUAAAGUUUAUAAAAUCAGUUUGUGGUCUGAGUGACUGCUGUAACAGAUUCAUGUGAACUACACAAUAAAAUAGAAUAUAAACAGUUCAA